AUGCUCGUGUUGAGCCUACUGUUUACGGCGUUGAUACUGCCGCAUCGCGACGCCGACGGUCAGCGGUUCGACGUCGCGACGUUGGGCGACCUCAACCUCGACUGGCUAGGGAACUUUAGCCUGCCGAUUUUAAACUUUACAGUGGCGUGUGAAUCCCUAGAAACGGCCAACGUGACUUUUGCGUGUCGGCAGCAAUUAAAAAUCGUGUGCGACAAUGACACUGUCAUGGCGAGAAUGCUCGACUCGUGGUCCAAAUUCCCGUACCCAGGGGCUCUGAUUGCCACCAGACUCGAUUACGGAAACUUUGACGAGUGCAUCGAAUUGGAUCACAGCGAGAACGGAGUCAGGGUACUCGGAAAACAUUGUACAGGAGGCCUCCUUUUACCGACGACGCCCCUUAACGACUCAAACUUUCUAGAGAAAGCUUUCAAGCUAUCGACGUGCACUCCAGACGCCUGCGACACGGACGAUCUCUUCAAUCUUCUCAACGUCCCGUUGUUUAACCAACUCGUGUGCAACACCAAAGAGAGCUGGAAAUCUCUAGGCUGGGACGACAUUGCGGUCAUCACAUUCCUCCUGCUGAUCGUAACUGUCAUGGCGGUGUCCACCUGCUACGACUUGUACUGGUACUUCACCGAGCAGAAAUGCCCUCGACCUAUUCUAUCCGCUUUCUCCGUGUAUCGUAACGGGAGGAAGCUCCUACAGACUACAAAGGCAGGCACCAAAGACCAGAUCAUGGCAUUCCACGGCAUCAAAGUGAUUAGUAUCAUGUGGAUCAUGUCGGGACACGCUUUUGCCUCGUUUGAUUUCUUGUCCAUUUCAUUCCACGACUACGCUCGUGAUUGGGAAUGGUCGAGGAGAUCUUUUUACAUCACCACCGGUCAUCUAGCUGUAGACACUUUCUUUUUCGUAUCCGGAUUCCUUUUCGCAUACCAGUAUCUCAAGCAAGAACCCAAACCACUCGCCGCUCACCUCAAACAAGUACCGUAUCUUUACUUCCAUAGAUAUAUUAGGAUAACCCCGGCCCUCGCGGUCGCUUUCUUUACGUACAACACCGUUUUCGAACACAUGGCCAAUGGCCCUAUCUACGCAGAGGGCGUGCGCGAAAUCACAGAGCCGUGUAAAAAGUACUGGUGGUCUUUUUUUCUCUACGUUCAAAACUACGUCAACUACAAGGAGAUCUGCUUAGUGCAAACUUGGUACCUCUCGGUUGACAUGCAGCUAUUUCUGAUCGCCCCACUCGUUAUGAUCCCUGUAUCCCUACUGGUGAGACGUUACUACGGACGCGUAAUCAUCCAGCUGCUUCUUUUGAACAUCGCGUUUACAGUCGGUCCGAUCGCUUUAAAAAUGGCUCUGGGGGUGUUUGAAAACGAGUACGAGACUCACGGCAGACUUAACGUCUAUUUCAUCGGGGUGAUGCUGGCAGUGUUCAUGAAGGAGAAGUGCGACGCCAAGUUUAAAUUCUCGAGGACCGCGAAUUUUUGCAUCUGGCUCGUCGUCCUUCUCCUUAUGAUGAUCUGUGUGCUGUCCUUCAAGGAAACCCAACUGGUGAUGCACUUUAACCGAGACCUUUCCGUUCUGGUAUACCACAUCCUGCUGAGGGCGGUAUGGAGCGUCUGCCUGUGCUGGGUAGUGUACUCGUCGCACAAAGGGCACGGAGGCAUCGCCAAUUGGUUUUUGACAAGGCCCGUUUUCCAAAUUCUGAGUAAACUGACGUAUUGCAUCUACAUUACCCACAUAUUCGUGCUGUUUUUCAUCGCACUGCAGGUCAGGGAACGAGUGACAUUUAGCGUGUUCUUGGGAGUGCUGCUGUGGACCAGCAGUUUUUGCUUUUCGGUACUGGUGGCCGCCUUUUGGAGCUUGGCUUUCGAGUCGCCCCUCAUUGUUAUCGAGAAGUACGCGUUUGGGCAUCGAUGCAGAAAACAUUCGGGAUUAAGACACGGCAUCGUCAACUCAUUUCUGCUCGCGUCAACGGUCAAAAAGAUGUGGUUCGGGUACCCGUUGAUGUUGACGACGUUCAUCGUCGCGACCACCGCGAACCUUCCUCAGGAUUUCAGCUCGCUAAACAUCGGCAUCAACCCAAGAGUGAUCAUCAACAGGUUCAUGUGCAGCAACCUCACCCGCAUCCUGAACAUAACACCAAUGUGCAGACAACAACUAGACGUGAUUUGUCGCGAUUCGGACUCCACCAUGAGAAUGGCGGACGCCUGGACGUCAUUUCCAUAUACGGGAAUGUUCGCGAGUACAAGAAUAGAUUUGGGCACCUUUGAUCAAUGCAUGGCCGUGGAUAUCACCAGAAACGGCGUCAGAGUCCUGGGCAAGCACUGCGCGUUAGGUAUAGUAAUACCCACCACCGACGACGUUUCCGACCCAGUUCUAUGGUUCGAGAGCGCGUUCAAGCUUUCCUAUUGCGUGCCCGACCAGUGCAUCGUACAUGACGUGACGAGGUUCUUGCCGCUCGUGCCAACCGAGUUGAUCAACGACGAAGCGUGCGUGACCAAAGAGAGCGGUAAAGAACUCGAUUCCGAAUCUGUGGUCAUUCUCACUAUAUUUUGCAUUGUCAUCGGACUCAUGUUGGUAGCAACGAUUCGCGACUUGGUUCUCUACGCGAAAGGCUCGAAGAGCCGGCGUAGCUUUCUGAUGGCCUUCUCCGUAUUUACUAAUACCCAAAAGCUGUUCCGCACCGCACCGAGCAACACCAGGGAACAAAUUCAGUGCUUCCACGGAAUGAAAGUGGUCAGCAUGAUGUGGAUAGUGGCGGGUCACGUGGCGGUCGCGUGGGGCGGUGCCGUGGUUACCAACGACGCGGUCGUCAACGAUUGGGUAAACCAGAGAUAUUCGUUUUACAAGGCCACCGCCCAUCUCGCGGUAGACACUUUCUUCUAUAUAUCGGGGUUCCUGCUGGCGUACCAGUACUUCAAAAGCCAAGCCCAGAAACCGGCGAUCGUCCAGGUGCAGUCCCUGCCCGUGCUGAUAUUCAAUCGAUAUUUAAGACUCACGCCAGGCUUACUGAUGAUCUACCUCUACCUCAUCGGACUGGCUCGAUACGUCGGAAGCGGUCCUGUUCACAAGCCGAUUUUCGAGCAACUACGACAGCCUUGCAUAGACAACUGGUGGACGGUGUUCCUCUACAUCCAGAACUACUACAAUCCCACGUAUAUGUGCAUGACCAGUCUGUGGUACGUAUCGGCCGACAUGCAGCUUUUUGUGUUCGCACCGCUGGUCAUGAUCCCUAUCGCCGUGCAAUGGAAAAAAAGCUUCAACAUGGCGUUGAUCGAACUGCUCGUCCUUAAUCUGGUCUUCAUGGGUCUGCCGAUUUUCACGAAAUUGAUGUUCAAAGAAUUCGAUCCGACGUUUGUCGAGUUCGACUCACACUCCCGACUCAUUGACUACUUCAUCGGGUUCACCUGCGGCUUCUACAUGCGUCAGAACAAGGACCGUUCCUUUCGAUUCGGCCAGGCCGCGACAGUCUGCUUCUGGAUAGUCAGCCUCGGUGGCAUGCUGGGCACAAUGUUGGUCCUCCACGAGAUCAACACGUACCACGGGUACACCGCCAAGGCAUUGUGUUACAGCUUUAUGAGGCCGGUCUGGUGCCUCGCCCUCUCUUGGAUCGUUUACGCCUGCGUCAACGGACGGGGCGGAGCGAUCAAUUCGAUUCUGUCCAACGGGAUGAUGCAAAUCCUCGGCAAAAUCACAUUCUCGAUCUACCUGGUCCACGCGAACGUCAUCUACGUGUGGGGCGUGACGACGAGGACGAGUCGCUACUUCAGCGACCUCGAGAUGUUUUACACCUCCUGCGGAAUUUUCAUCGUUUCGUGCGUGGUCGGACUGUUCUGGACGCUAGCGUUCGAGUCGCCGGUCAUAGUGCUGACGGGUAUAAUGAUGGGGCAUGGCGGCACCUCCACGAAACCAGCAGUGGUGGUCAAGUCAACAGAAAAAACGGUACCGAUCGAGAACUCGUGGGCUCGGGCGAUUCAUUUCGAUCGCGAAUCGUAUGACGGAAUGGCGACGACGAAGCUGCUCGCGUUUUUCGCCCUCCUGAAAUGGUGCUCGGCACUAGAAUACGGCGAAGUGCAAAUCAACCCCAAUGUCGUCGCUUCUUCCUAUAUGUGCGGCAACCUAACGUCGAUCUCGAACAUAUCUCUCGCAUGCAGAAGUCAACUGGACGUACUCUGCGGCGACCCAGACUUAACCCUCCGACUGGCGGACGCGUGGUCGUCCUUCCCUUACACGGGAAUGCUAGUUAGCACUAGGAUCGAGCUUGGCACAUAUGACGAAUGCAUCGGCGUCGAUGCCGACCAAAAUGGCGUUAGGGUAUUGGGCAAACACUGCGCAGCAGGAAUACUGCUACCGACCACGACAGAUCCUGGGGAUUUCGUAGAUAAGGCGUUCAAACUGUCGUACUGCGUCCCAGAUCAGUGCACAGUGCGUGACGUGGGACGGAUGUUGCCCUUUAUUCCAGAGGAACUAAUCAACGACCAGUACUGCAGGACCAAGGAUAGCAACAAAGACUGGACUGCUAGUUCGAUCGUGAUUUUAACUGCAUUUUGCAUCGUCGCAGCCGUCAUGGUGGCCUCCACUGCGUACGACAUCGCCCUCUACGCCAAAGACACGAAAAACAAGUACCCGGCACUGACUGCAUUUUCCGUAUUCACAAACGGACGAAAGUUGUUCCACACCAGCAGCAUGGCGUCCAAAGAGCAGAUCCACUGCUUCCACGGACUGAAAUUUAUCAGCAUGAUGUGGAUAGUGGCAGGACAUGCUGCGGUCGGAUGGGAUAGCCUGCCGAUGGUCAAUGACGCGAGAGUCAAAGGGUGGCUAACGGAGAGGUACACGGUCUACCUGGCAACCGCGCACCUGGGGGUCGACACGUUCUUCUACAUAUCCGGAUUUCUGCUCGCCUACCAAUACUUCAAAAAGGAAGCUCAGAAACCGGCAUCGGUCCAAAUAAAAUCGCUGCCCUCCCUUAUUUUACACCGGUACCUCAGGCUGACACCGAGCUUGCUGAUGCUCUAUCUCUACUUCAUAGGGCUUGCUGGGUUCGUAUCUGACGGACCCCUUUACCAAACGAUAACCGCCAGCCUCAGGCAACCUUGCCUCGACAACUGGUACGCAGUAUUCCUUUACAUCCAGAAUUACCACAACCCAAGGUCUCUAUGCAUGACCAGUUUGUGGUACCUUUCCGCGGACAUGCAGCUCUUCCUGGUGGCGCCGCUAGUGAUGAUUCCGAUUGCGAUACAGUUAAAGAGGAGCUUCAAACUGGCGAUGAUCGAACUACUCGUUCUGAACCUGCUUUUUGCGGCGUUGCCGAUUUUCACCAAGCUGGCGUUCAGCAAUUUUGAUCCUAAUUUCGACGAAUUUGAUGCCCAUUCGAGGCUGACCGACUAUUUCCUCGGUUUUAUGUUCGGAUUUUACGUUCGGCAGCAGAGAGACCGACCGUAUCCAUUCAGUGGGAUUGUCACCGUCUUGCUUUGGGCCCUGUGCCUCGUGGGAAUGUUCGGUACGAUGCUGGUCCUCCACGAGAUUAACAUCUACCACGAUUACACAGCCAAGGCGCUCUGCUAUAGUCUCAUGAGGCCCGUAUGGUGCAUGGGCCUCUCGUGGAUCGUCUACGCGUGUAUCCACGAAAAAGGAGGGGCAAUCAGCUCGAUCCUAUCCAACAGCGUGACUCAGGUGGGAGGAAAACUCACUUACUCCAUCUACCUGACCCACGGCAACAUCAUCUACUUGUGGGUGAUGUCGACGAGGACGAGUCGCUACUUCAGUGACCUCGAAAUGUUUUACGCAUUCUGCGGCAUAUUCGCCACGUCUUGCGUGGUCGCCCUCGUCUGGAGCUUGGCAUUCGAGUCGCCGAUCAUUAUACUGACCAAGAUGCUGACCGGGGGUGCGGGUAAAAGGGUUCCGACGUUCGACGGUGGAAUGAUGGCGACGACGAUGGGUCGUCUCCUAAGAUUCCUCUUGUUCAUGACGGCGGCAUCGAGAUUCAGAGUCAACGCCGAAGAAAUCGCUCGGUUUGACAGCACUUUGAGUAAAAUAUGCGAGAACUUCGUCCAUGCCUCCGGAGUGAACAAUGAAUGUACUAGCCAGCUGAAGGAAGUGUGCAACGACCAAGGGCUCUUCUUAAAGAUGGCGGACGCUUGGUCGAAAAUUCCGUAUACUGGUAUGCUGUACCAGGCGCCCAUGGACAUGGGAACUUACGACGAAUGCGUCGCUAUCGAUUACCAGAGCGCUGGAGGUGUCAGAUUGCUGGGAAAACACUGCGCGAUGGGCCUCCAAGUUCCGAUCAGCGUUGCAAACUACUCGGUCGAUGUAGCUUUGGCAUACUGCGUGCCGGACCAAUGCGCAAAAUCCGACGUUGCCAAACUGUUGGGACUCGAAGGCGACGCGUCGGCACUCGUAAACGAUAUGUACUGUACUACAAAAGAGUACGGGGCGCGCCUCGAAGGACCAGGAAUUGCGAUUUUAAUGUUUGUAGCAAUAAUCGUCGGGUUUAUGAUCAUCUCCACGGUCUACGACGUCUAUUUGUACACUCACGACAUGAAAACUAAACACCCACUACUGACCGCUUUCUCCGUUUUCUCCAACGGCAGGAAAUUGCUCCAGACUUCGAGCGGAUCGAAAGACCAAAUCCUCGCGUUCCACGGUAUCAAGUUUAUCAGCAUGAUAUGGGUCGUAGCGGGCCAUAACGGCGUCGCAUGGUCCAUGAUGCCGAUUUACAACAUCGAAUUUGCCGCUGAUUAUGUGACUGCAAGGUACAGCCAGUACAUCCAAACCGGUCACUUGGCGGUUGACACUUUCUUUUACCUGUCCGGAUUUCUGCUCGCCUAUCUUUACUUCAAGGAGCAUGCGACCAAAUCGUUGCGCACGCAGAUUUUUUCCAUCCCCUAUCAAAUAGUCCACCGUUACUUGAGACUGACACCGGCCAUGAUAGUCGUCGUAUUAUAUCUGAUGUACGUCGCGAAAUAUCUAGGGUCGGGCCCAGCCAAAGAAUACGGGAUCGAAGGCCAAGCUCAGUCUUGUAGAGAUAACUGGUGGGCAGUGCUGUUGUACAUCCAAAACUACCACAACCGCCAUGAACUAUGCAUAACUUCUCUAUGGUACCUGUCGGUGGAUAUGCAGCUGUUUCUGGUCGCGCCGGUGAUCAGCAUCCCGAUAGCGAUGCAAUACAGGAGCCAUUUUCGACGGGUCAUGAUCGAGCUAGGCGUGCUUAACGUCAUUUUUACUCUGCUUCCGAUAUGGACGAAACUACAGUUCAAGGAUUACGAUCCGGGGUUCGAAGAGUUCGAUACGCACUCGCGGUUGGUGGUUUAUUUCAUGGGAUUCAUGUGGGGCUUGUACAUUAGGCACGGGAAACACAAUCCUCACAUUAUCAGCACGGGAGUUAGUCUGUGCCUUUGGUUUUUGACGCUGGGAACAAUGUUCGGCGUCGUGAUGAUGUUUCAGGAGGCGACCUUGCACUACGAUUAUACCGCAAGGGCCGUGACAAACAGCCUCUUGCGCCCCACUUGGUCUCUUGGUCUUUGCUGGAUAGUAUAUGCCUGCUUCACAGGGAAAGGCGGCAUUAUAAAUUGGUUUUUGUCGGCGCCGUUUUUCCAAGUUCUUAGCAAACUGACGUACUGCAUGUACUUGACGCACGCACAGGUCGUCAGCAAUUGGGCCUACACCACCAGAUACAGGCAAUAUUUCAACGACUGGCUUCUGUUCUACUCAUGGUGUGGUCAUAUCGUGGUGACACUACUGGUGUCGCUGUUCUGGACUCUCGCUUUUGAGUCGCCCCUUAUCACGGUGGAAAAAUACCUGAUGGGAGGAAGAUCCAGGACGAAGAAGGCCCCCCACCAACAUCCCAAAGUCUGAUGAAGUUGUCGAGAUUAUCAUUAAUAAAAUAAACGUGAUUUGUAAUUUAUUAGAUAUUAUACCUUCCGUUUUUAAUUUUUAGAAUUAAUUUGCUGCCUAACCAAAUUGUAUUUUUCUACAACAUUUGAUUUCAUUUCUACAUUUCUACAACAUCAAACAUUUGAUAAAGACAUGGUGUUGUCCUGUAAAAAUAUAUAAUUUCGUGAAAAUCUGAACUUUUAGUUCUCAUUUAUUUUGAUAAAUGCAUCUUCAUGAAGUAAAAGCCACCUCAGUUCAAAUUGUGUUUUUCUACGUC